GUUUUAAUACAACAACGGGACGGAAACACGACGAGUAUUCGGCGUUGGGGAGGGUGAAAGCUAGCUACAACCGCGGGGAAUGCCUUUUAAACAUUGGACCUUUAAACUGUAAGCGGCUAUUGAGACAGGACUAAGACAUAUCACCGAAGCCUUCCGGAGACGUACGGCGUAAGCAAAACCCCACAAACGACCGCGACCCACCAGAACAAGCCGUGUUCCAUUGUGUUUUAAAAUGGAAGUGUAGGAGCGGAAGUAGUAGCAUUUGGGAGUUUGUUGGGGCUAACGACGGUUUGUUGUUGUCUGCGUUUAGCUGAAAGCACUUUGUAAAUGUAAAUUUCGAAGUGAAAUGUUUUAAGUUUGAAGACCGCCCUGGGUUUCAAAAAAACAAAAACAACACGAAAACCAAACCAUUUGGUUGGUAUUAUUAGCAGCCGCUUUGUUUAUUUCCAGAAAUAAAACACUGGUUAUCGUGCAUGUACUUUCGAAAUAAGAGGGUUUUGUUUGAUUUUGUAGUUCAAAUAAACGCCCGUUUCGAGGAAAGGAGAUGCGCAACGCUGUCCUUGCACACACAAAGGGAUAUAGUCAUCUUGAAUUAUGGCAAAGAAGGAUGCAGAAGAGGUACCCAGUUCUUCUGGCAUUAACAGUGGGGCUAGUUUGAGUAUUACUGCCAGCAGAGGAUUGCACGGCCUCGGAUGCUUCCCUUCCCCAGCCGCCGCUCGUAGACUGCAGUCCCUCCGAAAUCGGGAUUUGACACUAGGGGGUGCCCUGAAGAAAACAAAGAAAACCUUUGAGCCUAACAUCAAUGCUGUGAGGAAGAGCAAAGAUGAAUUAAAGGAAGAGGCUCAAGUGAUGCCAAAAAGGGAGCGGAAACAGCGGGAUAAUAGAAGAGGAGAAAACAGAGGCAGGAGGAAAGAGAAGCCGCAGAUUAUCCAGUGUCACUCCAUCUUUGAACAGGGCCCUGCCGACACGCCGCGGAAAACAGGCUGGGUUGCUGCUGCGGGAGUUUGUGAUGCCACCGCAAUUCCUAAUUGUAAAACUGUAAAAAAAGAGCCGCAGGACUUCAACGAUGAAGAUGAGCUACUCAGAAAACUGCAGAGAGAUGAUUUCAUAAGUGACCCGAGUUUGAGGAAUGAUGCCAAGCUGAAACCUAUCCGGUUACCUUUGUGUCAGACAAGCACAACCUCAAGCCAAGAGAAGCCUCUUCUUCUCGCAUCGCCAUCCAGUGGACCUCAGCUUAAAACAGGCCAUAACAGAGACCAGCCAUCUUUAGUGGAGAUCCUGCAGUGUCUCUGCCUGUCCGGCAAGGAGGAACUCUUCUUCAUACAGUUACCCGACUGUAUGCCUGUAAGAGAACAAAAAGCAGACCCCAGUCCUGGACCGAGAUUUGAGAAAGUUACCAAGGACAAGAAGCCUCUGCAUGGGAAAACACAAGUUGCGCCAACAGAGUCCCCUUCAGUGAAGUGCUCACCUGUUCUGUCCGAAUUCCCCGAGGGAUUUCUGGGAAAGCUCCGAAUACGAAAAUCUGGAAAGGUGGAGAUGAAGCUGGGUGAUAUUGUCAUGGACAUCACUGAUGGAACUGCUUUGUCAUUCCUCCAGCAACUGGUGUCCGUGAAUCUGACCGACGGUAAGACCGGCGACAUGAUGGUGUUAGGGAACAUCAAACAUAAACUGGUUUUAUCUCCAAAUUUCCAAACAUUAUUGGAGGAAUCAACCCAACAGCAACAAGGAUGCUGAUCACCUCAUCAGCAGAUGAGAUCACAGACUGCAUGACCGAAGUGUAUUUUUGUAGUUUUGGAUUCAUCUUUUUGGCAGCCUGCAGUGCUUACCUUCAAUAAUCAAUGUUGCAACAUUAAAAAAAUGUGGAAAAUGUAUUAUAUGUUGAAAAUUGUAUAAAGAUGUUGAAUCAGUCUCAAGUGUUUAAAACUGUUCACUUUUGUAUCAAGUGUAUUUAUUAGAAUCUUAAUAGUACCAUAUUUUCUCUUUCAUCUAUAACUGCUUCAGACAACAAAGUGUAUGCAGAAAAGUGGUGAAGAUUGCACGACUGUGUCCUUUGUGUUGUGUUGUGUUAUUUUGACUUCAAAAUUGCGCCGCGAGAGUGGCUGCCUUUCCAGCAGCUCCUAUAUUUUGUUGUUCUACUUCUUCCUUUCAUAACUUUGCUGCUGUGAAUUGGGACUUUCUCCAUUGCGAGACUAACAAGCUUUUUUCUUUCUUCUUGCUUAUUUUCCGCACUAUAAGGCGCACCUAAAAGCAUUCAAUUUUCCCAAAAGACGACAGUGUGCCCUACAAUCCGAUGUGCCUUAUACAUGGUGUCACAGUCUCUUUAUAUUCAGCAUUGAGUUUUGUAUCAAACGUAUUUAUCAGAAUAUUUAUAGUACCGUAUUUUCCGCACUAUGAGGGGCACCUAAAAGCAUUACAUUUUCCCAAAAGCCGACAGUGCGCCCUAUAAUCCGAUGCACCUUAUAUAAGGUGAAAGUCUCUUUAUAUUCUACAUUGAGUUGUCCCCGUUAGUGUUCCUCUGCCAUUUCGUGGUGAUUAUUAGCAGGAACCAAUUGUAACCGAAAAGGGUUCUGCCCGUAGCACUCCCACAGCCACUAUUGUUGCUUCUAUUCUAUGCGCCUGAUAAUGCGGUACGCCCUAUAUAAUGAAAACAGUUUCGAAAUAGGCCAUUUAUUGAAGCUGCGUCUUCUAAAUCGAAACGCUUUAUCGUGCAGAAAAUACGGUAAUUGUUGGAAAUAGUACAAAUGAGAAUAUUAAUUUGUCUAGCUGUGAGCUGUUUUUCCACUCCACUAGUUUUUAUUGAUGAAGUUUUUACCAUGGUAUCGUUUUUCAGGAUUGGUAUUGAAGUCAAAAUGCCAAUGCUUUUUUUUUUUUUGCUCAUUUAAAUGUUCAACCGUUAAUGUGUUUAUGUGGAGUCACAUGCGACGGUUUUAAAAUAUUGACUCCAAACAUUCUUAAACUGGCAGGGGGGCCGGGGGGUUCUGUGCUGCAGAGGAUUUAUUUAAAGAUGCUCGCUGUACAUCAUUUCUCAAAUACUGUCCAGUACUCCUUUUUAGUGCAUAUUCCGCAGUGGUUUCUGUCUUGAUAUUACAUUUUUCAGAUGUCUUUUGUAUUUCACUACCUUUGCAGGUAGGUUUUGUACAGAUGGUAGUUUUGAUUUGUGAUAAAAAAACAUUGUAAUGGUGGUACAGAACUCUUCCCAGAAACGCAAAAUGUUUUUUUUUUUUGGUCUGCAACAACAAGCUGAAAACCUGGAGUGACCGUGUCACUCCAGGGCAAGAACAACCAGUUGCAACAAUAUUGCUACAACAAACAUGGAUUUGUAAAUUAUUCUAUGAUUGUCUUUUGAUGGGCACUUUGUAAAUACUGUUUAUAAUUUUCAUUCCAGAUUUUUUUUUCAGUGCUACUUUAACGGUUCUUAUCCUGAUUUGAAUUGUUCUCAUUUUUUUUCCUCAUGCGUUGUGUCAGGGCAUUGACAUUACAACAUCAAGUGUAUGUAAAUGUUUAUUCAAUACACAAUACAAAAGGUCAAAUCCUAAGAGUAUGGUCUUAAUGACGGUGACUUAACGUUAUUGAAGACUCAAAACACCACCACCCCCCCAAAAAAACUAGAAAA